AUGUCACUGACGCCGGACCAUUUUCGUAAAGUGGGGACAGGGGUUUCGCCAUCUCCAUCCCCGUUUUUUACGCCACGGCCUGAGAGGCGCAGGCCUGAUUCAAGAGGAUCUGAGUGGAAUUCGAAUCGUCAGGACAAAGAUAAAGAGGUCAACGUGCAGGUUCUGCUAAGAUGCAGGCCGUUGAGUGAUGAUGAACAAAGGGCAAAUGUGCCAAAAGUAAUCACUUGUAACGAAAAUAAAAGAGAAGUCACUGUUUUGCAAGGCCUGGCUAACAAGCAAGUGGACAGAGUUUUCACCUUUGAUAAGGUCUUCGGGCCAAAAGCACAACAAAGAUCAAUAUAUGAUCAAGCUAUUUCCCCAAUUGUUUGUGAAAUGCUUGAGGGCUUCAACUGCACAGUCUUUGCUUAUGGGCAAACUGGAACAGGGAAAACUUAUACAAUGGAAGGAGGGAUGAGGAAUAAGGGUGGUGAAUUGCCUGUUGAGGCAGGUGUCAUUCCUAGAGCUGUUCGACAAAUCUUUGACACACUUGAGGCACAAAAUGCUGAUUACAGUAUGAAAGUGACCUUUUUGGAACUUUAUAACGAAGAAAUAACUGACUUGCUCGCUCCAGAAGAUAAUUCAAAAUCAACUGAAGAUAGGCAAAAAAAGCCUAUUUCCUUGAUGGAAGAUGGAAAGGGUUCUGUGGUUGUAAGAGGCCUUGAAGAGGAAGCUGUGUAUAGUGCAAAUGACAUUUACAACCUUUUGGAACGAGGUGCAGCCCGAAGACGCACGGCAGACACUUUGUUAAACAAGCGCAGUAGCCGAUCCCAUUCUGUAUUUACCAUAACUGUUCACAUAAAAGAAAAGGCCGUGGGAGAUGAAGAGAUUAUCAAAUGUGGCAAGCUUAAUCUUGUUGAUUUGGCAGGAUCGGAGAAUAUUUCUCGCUCAGGAGCUCGAGAGCUUCGUGCAAGAGAAGCUGGGGAAAUAAACAAGAGCUUACUAACCUUAGGCCGUGUAAUUAAUACGCUGGUGGAGCAUUCUCUUCACAUACCUUACAGGGAUAGUAAGCUAACCAGGCUCCUAAGAGACUCCUUAGGAGGGAAAACAAAGACAUGCAUCAUUGCAACAAUUUCCCCAUCAGCACAAAGUUUGGAAGAAACUUUGAGUACACUAGACUAUGCUUGUCGAGCUAAAAAUAUUAAAAACAAACCAGAGGCAAACCAAAAAGUCUCCAAGGCUAUGCUGCUUAAGGAUAUAUACUUGGAGAUGGAGAAAAUGAAACAAGAUAUUCGAGCAGCAAGGGAAAAGAAUGGUGUUUAUAUUCCACACGAAAGAUUUCUACAGGAUGAAGCUGAGAAAAAGGCAAAAAAUGAAAGGAUAGAGCUAUUAGAGAUUGAUCUCGACAACAGCGAAAAGCAACUACAUAAAUUUCGUGAGCUUUAUCUCAGUGAGCAAGAAGAUAAACUGAACAUUGCAAGUGAGCUCAAAGACUGCAAGGAAAAUCUACAAAAUACAUACAAGACACUGCAAGAGCUGCAAGAAAAUUAUAAGACAGCCAUUUCAGCAUUAAAGGAAAAGGAGUCUACCAUCUCCAAACUCCAGCAUUCAGAGAUUCGUUUGACUGACUGUGCAAAGGAUUUACGGGCUAACUUGCAAGAUGCACGCAAAGAUAUAACUGAUCUUUUUGGAAAAAUAGAUCAUAAAGACAAAAUUGAAGCUGAAAAUCAAAGUCUUCUCCUUACAUUUGGUGCACAGCUUGACAAAAGUUUAAAACUUCUGCACGAGAUCGUUGUGGGGUCAAUUUCCGAGCAACAACAGCAACUAAGAAGUUUCGAAGAGCAUGCUAGCUCAUUUCUUGACAGUAAAUGCAAUUCAACCCAGGCCAUGGAAUCAAGGACAAAAAAACUGACAAAGACAUACGAUUCAGGAAUCUUGGCCUUAAAGAAACUUAGCGACACACUGCAGAUGAAAGCUUCUUCCGAUGUGAGAGAAAUGAAGUCAAUGAUAUCCUCCCAGGCAACGACUGUGGAGAAUUUCCUCAAAACAGCAUCCUUGGAGGCCAAGGAUUUCAUUUCUGAUAUUCAGAAUUCUCUGGCUGAACAAUGGCAACUGUUGGGGUUUUCUGCCCAACAGCAACAAGAGGGAUUACGCCGAAGUGUAGUCUCAGCACAAGUGAUUUCAAAUGCAACGAUCACUUUUUUGAAUGACCUCCACCGACAAGCUUCUCAACUUAUGAAAGUUCUUGAAGAAAGCCUGAUUGAUAAAUCCCAUCAAUUACAUGAUUUUGAGCAAAUGUUCAAGGAAGAAGCUAUUAGAGAAGAAAAAUCAGCCAUGGAAAAAAUAGCGGCAAUAUUGGCAUCUCUGACAGCUAGGAAAACUGCUAUUGUGUCGGAAGCCUCAAAAUCUUUUGAAGACUCGUGCAUACAAGAAAAUAAGAGAGUGAUGCAGGAAUUGACCAACAUGCAACAAAUUUCAACUCAAGCAGAGAAAGAGUUAAAUGAAUACAUAGAAAAUGCUAAAAAUCGUUGUUUGGAAGACACAUUCUCCUCAGCUGAAUGCACAGCUACAAUAGAAAAUUGCCUGCAGGACUGUGCUAAAAUGGUGGACUGCUGUGGUCAACAAUGGGAUAAUGCACAAAUAGGCAUUAGUCAUGUUUCUAAGAACAAUCUUGCAGAAAUCGAAUCCACUGUUCGGACAAAAAUUCUUGAAAAUCAUUCUAUACACGACGAGCUUGUUUCCACUUCCUCAUCUAUGAAUGCAGAAUUUCACGACCAUAUCCACAACUUGAAUAUGUCCAUCAAUGAUUCUUUGAUGUUUGACAAAGAAAGUAAGAAGCAAAUAGAUUCGAUGACUAAGAUCAGCUCGGAUCAGCUCAAGUCAACAAGUGCGAAUCAUGGUAAAAACGUAUCAGAUAUUUGCAAUAGAGCAGAGCAAUGUCUCGGCAAAGAUUAUUUGGUUGAUGAGCAUACAAAUAGAACUCCUAAGAAGAGAGCAAUUCCAGUUCCGAGCUUGGAGUCCAUAGAGGAGAUGAGAGCACACAUUGUGGAGGUUCAUUCAGAAGAGAUUUCAAAAUGUGGCAAUGCUGAAAGCAAGAUUUUGCAGCCAUGUUUAGGAGCAUCAAUGAACAGAACUCCUUUUCAGAAUGUCAAUUAG